AUGGAGGGCUCGUCUAAAAACAAUAAACGCAAAAAAGUAGAGGAACAUAUGACGAAGAACAAGAAGAGACAUGUAAUCAACAAUAUUAUUAACUUAAAUUCUGAGGGAAAGAAGAUAGACGAGAAUAGGUCAAGCGGGAGUACUGAGGAAUCCGGGCAGGAGAGUUUUGGAGUGUUUGAGUUUCCGUGGAUGAAAGAGAGCAUGAUCUCCACCUCCCUUGAUUGGAGUCUACCGGGAUCUCCUUAUCCGGGCAUAGACGAUGGAAAUGACAUCUUUGAAGGAAUUAGUUUACUGAGCUUGCCAGUGAAAAGGGUUAGUAAUGAUAUGUUGGAGUUUGAGGCAUUUGAAUUCAUUUGGACUUCUAAUUCUGAUUAG